UUACUGAUCAGACUGGUUUGGAUUGAUAGUUUAAAGUGCUCAGAACCAGCUUAGACCAUCUAAAGCCAAGAAGAAGUCUUUUUAAGCAGGAGAUAAUGUGGGCUGCUCAGUGUCGGGUCCUGAAGCAUGCAGCUGGUCUGGUCAUGUGACCUGAAAGAUGAUGUAAACACAUCAGUGCAGCUGCAGUGAAGAACAUGAGAAUAUGUUUUCGGUUUGAUGAGUCAGUGAGUUGAACUCAAGCACGAGCGUCAGUCCCUCAGCAGGAUGCAGAAACACGAGGAGCUCUUAUGCAGCAGAUAAACAGAGAUUCACAACCUGCCAAGAUGGUUUGCAUUCUCACUCUUUUUGCAUCCAUUUUCUCAGCUUUUAUUGUCACAGGAGACCAUAAUGACCAUAAUGUCAUUAAUGUGGCCAACUUUGCCAUGGACGUCCAUAAUCGCAUGAGUAGCUACCCUUAUGCUUUUAAAGUGGUGGAUAUCUUAUCAGACGCAGCUCAGCUCUAUCCUCCUGCACGGGUUAAAUACAUGCUACAGAUAAAAGCUGUGCAGACCGCCUGUGAGAAUCACGCGAGUGUGAAUCUGACAGACUGUGCUUUGCAGUCUAAUGCAAAGAACAUGACCUGUUCCUUCACUGUUAUUGCAGUGCCAGGAAACGAUUAUAUCCCCAAACACCUGCUGUCAGAUCACUGUGUCUGACUGGAUCUGAGGAUUACUAUACAGAUGCUUUCUAAUGAAUACAUGCUUUAUUUAUGCAUUAACAUAUAUGGUAUAUUACAUCAAAAUAAAAUCAGAGCCACUUGC